AAGCCCAUGCAAAGCCAUCUCUGUCGGAGACGGAGAUGAUACGAGCUAACUCACAGAGUCAACUCGUUCUCUCGCUUAAACACCUCCAAUGCAACUCACCAACCUCCUCAGCUCCAUUAGAAAACCCCCAAUUCUCUUCCCCAAAGCACUCCUCAAACCCCCCAACUCGGCCGAGUCAAACUCACACCGACUCACCCUCUCGCGGACACUCCAAUCCAAGACCCUGAAAACCCUAGAAUGGCCCUUGGUAUGCAAGCAACUCUCCUCCUUCACAUCGACCCCCAUGGGGUUCUCCGCCAUCCAAAAGGCCCAAAUCCCCUUGGGCCGAACCAGGGAGGAGAGCGAGCAGCUUCUGGAUCAGACUGCCGCGGCAGUGGAAGCAUCGGAGACGAUGGAUUCUCGCACGUUGGAUUUAUCGGGGAUCGAGGACGUCUCGGAGAUUGUGGAUUCGGCUGUUUCCGGUGAGUUGCUCACGAUUUCGGAGCUCUGCGCGAUGCGGCGCACGCUGCGGGCGGCCAAGGCAUUGAUCGAGAAGCUAGAGCAAUUGGCUGCGAACGUAGAUUGCCCUGAAAGGUACUUGCCCCUGCUUCAAAUACUUAAGAACUGCAAUUUCCAAGUGGAGUUAGAGCGUAAAAUAGGAUUUUGCAUAGAUUGCAAUCUGUUAAAAAUCCUUGAUAGGGCUAGUGAAGAAUUGGAGAUGAUCAGGUUAGAAAGGAAGAGGAACAUGGAAAGUCUGGAUUCUCUGUUGAAGGGAGUCUCAUCUCAGAUUUUUCAGGCUGGGGCAAUCGACAGACCUCUCAUAACCAAGCGACGGUCUAGGAUGUGUGUGGGUAUUAGGGCUUCCCACCGAUACUUACUUCCAGAUGGUGUAAUAUUAAAUGUUAGUAGUUCUGGUGCAACAUACUUUAUGGAACCCAAAGAGGCAGUGGAGUUGAAUAACAUGGAAGUGUGGCUUUCAAACUCUGAGAAAGCUGAAGAGAGAGCAAUUUUGAGCUUGCUUACAUCUGAAGUAGUGGAAUCAAAAAUAGAGAUCAAGUAUUUGUUGGAUAGAAUUUUAGAAGUUGACCUUGCUUUUGCAAGAGCUGCCUAUGCUCGGUGGAUGAAUGGUGUCUGUCCAAUUUUCACUUCAGGGGGGGAGGCCUUAAAUUCUAAUGAAGCAGAUUAUGCUUUAUCAGUAGAUAUUGAUGGUAUACAACAUCCUCUGCUCCUUGAGCCCUCUCUGAGAAGUUUUUCAGAUGUCUUGACAUCCAGCUCUGGCAAUGCAAUUCAGUUGGGUGAUGGAGAUGGUGCAAUGACUUCUGGAAGUUUGUCAGAAGGUGUAUCUAAUUUUCCUGUGCCAAUAGACAUUAAAAUUGAAUGUGGAAAGAGAGUGGUUGUAAUAUCAGGACCAAAUACAGGUGGGAAAACUGCUUCGAUGAAAACAUUGGGCCUGGCAUCUCUUAUGUCGAAGGCUGGCAUGUUUUUGCCUGCUAAGAACUGCCCAAGGCUUCCAUGGUUCAAUCUUGUUCUAACUGAUAUUGGAGAUAACCAGUCUCUGGAACAAAAUCUCUCUACUUUUAGUGGCCACAUAACGCGGAUCUGUAACAUGAUGGAGGUGGCCUCAAAAGAAUCACUUGUCCUCAUUGAUGAAAUUGGUAGUGGAACUGAUCCUUCAGAAGGUGUGGCCCUUUCUACCAGCAUCUUGCAGUAUCUCAAAAACCAUGUUAACUUGGCUGUUGUGACCACUCAUUAUGCGGAUUUGAGUCUCCUCAAAGAAAAGGAUAGUCAAUUCGAGAAUGCAGCCAUGGAAUUUUCACUAGAAACCUUACAACCUACUUAUCAGAUCCUCUGGGGAAGUACUGGUGAUUCAAACGCGUUAAGUAUUGCUAAAUCAAUUGGUUUUGAUCUAAAUAUAAUUGCACGUGCACAACAGUGGGUGGGGAGGUUAAAGCCAGAAAAUCAGCAAGAGCGGAAAGGUUUGUUAUAUCAGUCACUAGUACAGGAAAGAAACAGAUUGGAAACUCAGGCCAGAAGAGCUGCAUCUCUUCAUGUGGAAGUUAUGGAUCUGUAUCAUGAGGCAUAACCCGUAUCUGCAUGCUGGAAUUGAACCUGUGACCAAGUUUUCAUUUAGGUAAUUCUUAUGGUUGUCAAAUAUUCUGUAUGUUCCUGUUUGGUUGAGAGUUAAUUUAAGUAGGGUGCUAAAUUAAAUUGAAGAGAAACUAGGAUGACAUAAUUUGAUUGUGAAUGCUGCCAAAUUUCUUGAAAUUUGUAGAACUGAGGCUAUUUUAUCCCUUUAUAAUUCAUUUUUAAAAUUUGAAAGCAGCAAUCUAAACCUUGGAUGGAAACUAUGUGGAAUUUGGCAAGGUUAGAGCACGCAUUAAAAUUCAAACAUAAUUUUUUAUAUGAAGCUA